AUGGUGGUGAGUACAAUAUAUAUUGCAAGGCAUGGAUAUAGAUCCAAUUGGCUUCCCGAAGGCCCAUACCCAGAUCCACUUACGGGAAUUGAUAGUGAUGUUCCUCUAGCAGAACAUGGAGUCCAGCAAGCAAGAGAAUUAGCGCAUUAUCUUUUGUCCUUGGAUAAUCAACCAGAAGCGGUCUUCGCUUCUCCCUUUUAUAGGUGUCUUCAGACUACGCAACCGAUAGCUAAGUUGCUAGAAGUACCUGUUUAUCUAGAAAGAGGUAUUGGAGAAUGGUACAGACCAGAUAGAAAACCCGUCAUUCCAGUACCAGCUGGAUAUGAGAUACUAAGUAAAUAUUUUCCAGGUAUCAUUAGCCCAGAGUGGGAUUCCACACUAACACCAAGUAAAAAGGGUGAGACCGAGCAGGAGAUGUACAUAAGAUUUAAAACUUUCUGGCCCCUGUUUAUUGAACAUGUAGAAAAGGAAUAUCCAAAUGUUGAAUGUAUCCUAUUGGUUACACAUGCUGCGUCAAAGAUUGCUCUAGGUAUGAGCUUGCUGGGGUACUGCAAUCCUCGUAUGCCUUUGAAUGAAAAUGGUGAUAAAAUAAGAAGCGGUAGUUGUUCAUUAGAUAAAUACGAGAUUCUUAGAAAAAGCUACGAUACCAUAGAUGAUGUUGACAGUCAAAAUCAAACGGCUUUGACUUAUGUACCCUUUAAAGACAGAAAAUGGGUUCUAACCAUGAAUGGAAACACCGAAUUUUUGAGUGGUGGUGAAGAAAUGAAUUGGAGUUUUGAUUGUGUGGCAGAAGCUGGUUCAGAUGCUGAUAUCCAAAGGAGACAAGAAACAAAGAAAAACGGCGCACCAACACCGGAAGUAGAUGAUCAAACUGAGGUUGAAACUGUUUAUAUCAGUGUUGACAUUCCUAGCGGUAACUACAAAGAAAGAACAGAGAUAGCAAAGAGCGCAACUUUACAAUACUCUGGUUUAGAGGCAGAUGCACCACUGUUUCGGAUUGGAAACAGAUUGUAUGAAGGAUGCUGGGAACGACUUGUUGGCACGGAACUUGCAUUUCCAAAUGCUGCACAUAUACAUAAGAAAACAGCCGGUCUACUAUCAUCAACUAAUACCAGUCAAACAACACAAGGUGGCCAAAAUACACAGCUUUCUACUGCUAGCGACCCAGAUGCACGAAUGCAAGAAGACGAUGCUAGCGUACCAGAUUUGGUCGAAAAAGAUGAGAGCCACACAGGAGACAAGGAAGAAAUUCAAUCAGAGAAGAUAUAUAGGAUAAAAGAACGGAUAGUGCUAAGCAACGUCCGCCCUAUGUAA